AUGUAUUCAUGGAAAUUGUCUAAAUUUAGAUUUGGGAAAGGUAGUGACAAGGAGAAUGAAAACAAAAGCAACAAUAUUAAGAAUAAAGAGAACUCUUCAACUAAGUUAUUUGGGUCUUCUGAUAACAAGAGAAGUUCAACAAUAAAUGAAGAAACUGAAUUAACUGAUAUAGAAAAGAAUUCUAUAAAUAGAACUUCUUCUUCACUUGCUGGAAUGAAAAGUCGAAAUAGCACUGACGUUAAUGAAGCUUCCUCAACUCCACCAAUUUCAUUGGAUGUCGAUAAUAGUAGCACUACCGAAAAGAUGGAUAUCGAUGAGCAGCAGGUUAUUCCUAAUAAUACUACUAGCGCUGGUAAAAUGACAAUAAAAGUAUACAAAGGUGAAGGUUUCAUAUUACCGUUCCCACUUACAUCAAAUGAAACCGUGUUAAACAAACUAAUUCAGGCAGGGGAGACAACACAGGGAACAAAUAACUCAAAUGACAUUAAUUCCUUAAUUAAAACUUUAUCAGACAUGAAUAUUAAACAAAAGCAGGAUUCAACAGAAGAAGUAGUUCUUUCAAGCGAAACUUUAUGCAAAUAUAUUCCGGCUACCAUAAGGAUACCGGGAUCAGAAACUUUAAACCCACUAUUAUAUUUCACAAUAGAAUUUGAUAAUACAGUUGCAACAAUAUUACCAGAAUCAGGUACUAUUAAUCAACCAGUGUUUAAUAAAAUUUCUCUUUUUGACGUCACUAGAAUAUUACCAACUUUAAAAAUCGACGUGUUUGCACGUAUACCGUCAGUGUUACUACCGUCAAAGUCUUGGCAAGACGCUAACAGUUUUCAAAAUGAGAAACUGAAAACAAUGUUUGAAAAAUUGAAUAACAAUCAAGAUAUCCAAAUUGGCUCUUUCACUUUACCAAUUAAUUUGAAAAUUGAUUCAGCAGCUAAUUUAAGAUUAUAUAGUCAUUAUUGGUUAACAUUGGAUGAUGACAUGGGUAAAUUAAACAUCACAAUUGAUUACAAACCUACCAAGUAUAAGAAAUUAUCCAUUGACGAUUUUGAUCUUUUAAAAGUUAUUGGUAAAGGUUCCUUUGGUAAAGUUAUGCAGGUUAGAAAGAAAGAUACUCAGAAAAUUUAUGCCUUGAAGGCAAUUAAAAAAGCCUAUAUUAUUUCCAAAUCCGAAGUGACCCAUACAUUAGCUGAAAAGACAGUCCUUUCUAGAAUAAUUUGUCCAUUUAUUGUUCCAUUAAAGUUUUCAUUUCAAUCACCAGAAAAACUAUAUUUGGUUCUAGCUUUCAUUAACGGUGGUGAAUUAUUUUACCAUUUACAAAAGGAGGGUAGGUUUGAUUUAUCGAGAUCAAGAUUUUAUACUGCUGAACUUUUAUGUGCUUUAGAAACGCUGCAUAAAUAUAGCAUUAUCUAUCGUGAUCUUAAACCGGAAAAUAUUUUAUUAGAUUAUCAAGGACAUAUUGCAUUGUGCGAUUUUGGAUUGUCGAAGUUAAAUAUGAAAGAUAAGGAUAAGACAGAUACAUUUUGUGGCACCCCAGAAUAUUUAGCUCCUGAAUUGUUACUAGGACAAGGAUAUACAAAUGUUGUGGAUUGGUGGACAUUAGGUGUUUUACUAUAUGAAAUGCUAACCGGUUUACCACCAUAUUAUGAUGAAGAUGUACCGAAAAUGUAUAAGAAAAUUCUGAAAGAGCCUCUAAGAUUUCCAGAAGGAUUUGACAGCGAUGCUAAAAGCUUAUUGAUUGGUCUUUUAAGUCGUGAUCCAAAGAGAAGAUUAGGUUAUAAUAGUCCUGACGAGAUCAAGAAUCACCCUUUCUUCAAUAACUUAUCAUGGAAUCGUUUAUGGUUGAAAGCAUAUAUUCCUCCAUUUAAGCCAUCUGUAAGCAGUUUAAUUGAUACAAGUAAUUUUGAUCAAGAAUUUACGAAGGAAAAGCCCGUUGACAGUGUUGUUGAUGAAUUUUUAAGUAAUAGUGUUCAACAACAAUUUGGUGGGUGGACAUACGUAGGAAACGAACAACUAGGAAGCUCAAUGGUGCAAGAUAGUAGUAUUAAUUGA